ACAAACACAACAAACAAGCCAGACUUUUUCUCUCGAAGGGUAUUAGGUUUCUAUUAAAAAACGAUUUGCGUCAUUUUCUCGGGAAAAGAUCAGAAUAAGUUCUUUCAUGUGGGUUUCUUAUAAGGAUGAUGUACGAACAGCAUCAGCCUCAACAGCAGCUGCAGCAGAUGAGGAAGAGGAUGGAGAGAAGGAAACCCGCAGAGGAAGAUCAGAGAUUAAUGGAAAUAGUGGAUUUGAGUGGCAUGUCCUUGGAGUCUCUCCCUACUCCUUCCCUUAAUUUAGGCACUAUUUGUAAGUUGAACCUCUCCAACAACAAUCUUCAGAGCAUUCCGGAGUCCUUGAUUGCGAGAUUGCUCAACCUGAUAGUGUUGGACGUGCACUCAAAUCAGCUUAAAUCGCUCCCAAAUUCGAUUGGCUGUCUUUCUAAGCUCAAGGUUCUCAACGUCUCCGGCAACCUUAUCGAGUCCCUACCAAAAUCCAUUGAGAACUGCAGAUCCUUAGAGGAACUGAAUGCCAACUUCAACAAGCUGAUGAAGCUCCCAGACACCAUCGGCUUUGAGCUUACUAACCUAAAGAAGCUCUCAGUCAACUCAAACAAGCUGGUUUUCCUCCCAAGCUCCACCUCCCACUUGACCUCCCUGCGUGUCUUAGACGCCCGCCUGAACUGCCUCAGGUCUCUCCCCGAAGACCUCGAGAACCUCAUCAACCUCGAAGCCCUCAACGUGAGCCAGAACUUCCAGUACCUCGACAGCCUCCCAUAUUCCAUAGGCCUCCUCAUCAACCUCGUCGAGCUGGACGUCAGCUACAACAAGAUAACAACCCUGCCCGACUCCAUGGGAUGUCUCAAGAAGCUCCAGAAGCUUAGCGUGGACGGGAACCCGCUCACUUCGCCUCCUACGGAGGUGGUGGAGCAGGGGAUGCAUGCGGUGAGGGAGUACCUGAGCGAGAAGAUGAAUGCAGGCCACAGAAGCCCGCAAAAGAAGAAAUCGUCAUGGAUUGGAAAGUUGGUCAAGUACGGGACCUUCAAUGGAAUCAGCACAAGACACCCUCAUCGCGUAGAGGAGCGCGACGGCUUCAUCAUGCCGGAGUACAGGUCCAUCGACAGCCUUGCUUCGCCGAGGUAUAUGGGGAUGUUCUCGCCGCGUCGUCUCUUCUCUCCCCGCACUUACUUCACUAGAUGAUCAUGUAGAUCAGGCGCAAGAAGCAACAUGGUCUUUGGAACAGCAAAAACCCUGUGAAUUAAGUUUCGCUGUAAAUGUUUUGUUUUUUUUUUGAAAGUGGACUUUGUGAAUUGAUCGUGCAUGUAUACCAUUAGUCGUUUUGCAGAUUGUAAAGUAGUACUGGGAUUCAGUGGCAAAGGGUUUUGUUGGGAUUUAGGCCUUUCGAAAGACUUCUCCUAGCCCUAGGUAUAUGGAUCAGAAAGAUUCGUGGGUUUUUUUUUUUUACUCUGAUCGUGUACUAAGUACGUUGCUAUGUAUGCAAAUAGCUAGAAUAUUGGGGUAUCAUGUUUUGGGAUCGAACCUAAAUAAACAUCACGCGUGUUUUGGAAAAUUUGUUUACCUGAAAGUUUUUAUAAAGGAAGCUGCUCUUUGGUCA